UUUGGCCAACGAAACGAAACGUUCAAAGAGUUUAUCGAAGACAAAGUGAUAUUGCAACGAGGCAAUAACGGUUUGAUAACAAACGGAAACUAUUUGUGCAAAUAUCCUUUCGAAUUCAGCAAGGAUUAUACAAAUUAGAAAAAAGGAUAAGAAAGUGCCUUCCUCAGGAUCCUGUAAUUAAUUUGUGCGAAAUAACGAAAUUGUGUUUAAUGCCAACAAAAUGAAUUGGUUAAAAUUCAGUUUGAUUGCAUUGAUGAUAUCCUGUCACGAUGAGUGUUUUGUGUCGGGUCAAUUGAAUACCAAUUUACUGCCUGGGGGUCAAUUAAACACCUCGCCCGGCAAUGUGCCCAAUUUUUUAACUCAGUUAUUUCAACAACCCUUGAAUACCAGAUUAUCCUUUAACCCAUUUCGAAGUGUUAGCCACAACAUUGGUUAUAAUUUGGGCCAAACAUUUGGUAGAAGUAUGGAUCCUUUUUCUAACUCAUUUCCUGGAAUAGGUCAACUUAUGUCCUUUUGGUUUUCUCAAGCUCCCUCAGCGGCAGCCCAAUCUUUAGAUACCCAACCGGAAGCCUCCAAAGUUGUUUUGGUCUUGGCCAAUGAUACCCCUGUGACGUCGGCCCUACCCCAACCCGAUGAGGAGACACUGAAACGUUUGGUCCGUAAUCCAGAUUUCUUCCAGGAGUUGUUGACACGCAUGGAAUCGAUUAAUGAACAGUUGACCACACAUGUGCCCGCCAUUACGCGUACCUUUGGCCAGGGUGUUAACGAGGCCCUUUCCCAGGCGCCCAUCUUAGGCCAGGCCCAACAGUCGGGAGCCAUUGAUUACGCUCGCUUGGGUGAGGCUUUUGGUGAAACAAUUCUGCCGCAAAACAUGCUCGCCGGCAUGGGCGAGGCUUUAAAUAUGACAUCAUCGGCGAAUAACGCCACGGAUUCCGAGACAUUAAAUGAAACGGAACCGCUUGGAGUUGAUCUCUCACCCGAACCUGCACCAGAAAGUCCACCACCCUCACAGGAACCACAAGCUCCGGCACAGGCCCCACAAGGCUCCCCCUUCGGCAGUCUAUUAGGCGAGAAUCCAUUGUUUAGAAGCUUCCAGCAAUUUGUGCCGCCACAAUUGCCCCCAGCUUCAGCCGAUGGAAUUCCAUUCUCCUUCCCCUGGUUACAACAGGCCGGAUCCCAAGGGGCUGCCUCUGACAUAUCGGAGGUGCGUGUAAAACCCGAUACCCCAAAUCCAUAUCGCAUUUCACCCAAGGAGGCUGAUAUGACGCAAAAAAUAAACGAAAUGAAAUUGAGAGCGGCCAUGAAGGACGCCCUGACAAAGAAAACUAUACCCAUUCUGUGGUUCCGCAUACCGGAUAAAAAAGAAGAUUCUGCGCGCCGCCCCGUCGCCUCCAACAGGGAAAGUGCCGUGGAUGAGGACUUGAAAAUGCAAUUGAAAUUGGAAGCAUUCGAGAAACAAUUGAUUGACGAGCUGCAUCAACUACAAGAGGUGGUCAAGCUGGCCAAUGCCAUGAAGAAAGCCCAACUCGAAAGCCGGGAAAAAACAAGGUCCGAGAUAAACGAGGCCAAUCUCAAGCCGUUGACAUUGAACGAAACACCGAUUUACAAAAUCACCCUGGCCGACAUUGAGCGUACGCUCAAGGAUGAAUAUGUCCAAAAACUUCUACAGAUGGCAGCCCAGAGUCGCAAGAAGGAGAAAGAGCAGAAGAACAAAGCCUUGUUCAACAAAUAUCCCAGUGAGUCUGUCAAUAAUCCCAACAAGCGUCAAACAUCAGCUGGUGAUACCGGCCUGGCGACCCUUGAUCGUGACGAUUUGAUGAAAAUGAUGCUGUACGCUUAUCGGACGGCCGCCCUCCAGGGUGACAACACGUCCUGGCUAAAGGAAAAUGCCAACAACUCCAACAACAUGGCUAUGACAUCGGAUCGAGGUAUGCAACAACGAAUGCCGGGCCAGCCUGAAAUGUCUGACGAACAGAAAUGGAUGAUGGAAAAGAAACAGCAACAAGCCGCAAUGGAAAUGAAUCGGGCUCGUGAAAUGGACGAGGAGAAGAAGCUUAAGGAACUCACUGACCAUUCGCAUGACUCCCAACAUCAACAUCAUAAUCACCAUCACUUGACUGGCCAUCCGGCUGGUUUUGGCCAUCCACCAACUUCGGGCGCCACAGCCAGGAACGAAGGACAAAAUAUGCAAAUGCCCAACAAUUCACCCACCAUGAUGAUGGCAUCCCAGGAUCAAAUGAGGCAUGGUGGCGAUAAGAUGUCUGAAGAUAUGCAAAAUUCAUGGAUGUCAGAUGGAAAAACAUCCGAUCAACAAAUGCGCUCCGGUGGUUCCAUGCAAGAACAGAACAUGCGUCAAGGUGCCUCCUGGAUGCCCAACGAAAAUGAAAAACAAUUUCAAGGGCAACAGGGCCCAAAGCAACGUUUUGGAGAAGCUCCCAAUGCGGGUGGGGAGAUGACCAUGGCACAAUGGGCAGAAAUGGUCAACAGUCCCAAUAUGCAAAUGCGACAACAGCAAUGGAGCCCUGCAACAGAACAAAAUAGAGCCAACCAAAAGACAAAUCCGCAUAUUCCCCUGCAACGUCAAAUGUUUUCAUCGUCCAAGGGGGAUACUCCAAUGUCGCCGGAGGAAAAGAAAAUUAAGGAACAACAACAACGCUAUAUGCUGAAUGUUGCCCAACAAGCGAUCAUGUCCAUGAUAAAUGAUGCUCGCAUUCAGGAAAGUGCCGGCAAAGAAACAGAACGAGCCCAAACCACAUCGGCCGAUGAUCGUAAAACCGAAACGUCCUCUCCCUCCUCGUCCUCAUUUAUGACUAAGGACGGCCAUCAAAUGACAAGCGAACAGCGUUCUGGUGCCCAAUUGCCCAUUGGAGCCCAGGCAAUGCCACAAAUGCCCGAAAAUGCUGGAAAGGCACGUCACAAAGUGGUUGAUGACUUUCUCGAAGAAUUUGUUGGCCAACCUCGUCAUCACGAUGACAAAUCGAAGGCAAAACACACUGGAGCUGUUGUCAAUUAUUACUAUAAUGCUGCUGCUGUGCCAAGCCGUUAUCCACCCGCCUAUGCCCCAGCUGCACCGCCAAGUUAUAAUUAUGGUGCCGGGGCUGGUGGUGGUUAUGCUUCAAGUUAUGGUGGCGCCAGUAGUGGCUACUAUGCCCCACCUCGACCCACACCUGCAACCCCAUCAUAUACUGCCUCUCAAUAUUAUGGUGGUGGUGGUUAUGGUUCCAAUGCAUAUGGCUCUGGCGGUGCCUAUCGUACGGCGGUGGGCGAUGCUGAAAUCGAGGAAAUGUUGAAAGAACAUCAGACACUGCCGAGAAUGAUGUUACUCAUACGGCCAGAAGAUCCCCAACGCUUUCAAACUCCACCUGCAACUACAACCACAACAGACACAACUAAGACCAAUACAACCUUGGAUGCAACCAAAACCAACAAUGGCGCCGACUUAUCAAAUCAAACAAAAAGUAGUGCAACAUUAAAUCCAUCAGAAACUGCCACAACAUCUGAAACGUCGUUGUCUUCAUCACAACCACCCUCAUCAUCGGAUUCCUUAUCAGCAUCCUCAUAUUUGCAUUCAUCAUCGUCAAAUCCUCAAUACCAAAAUCUGGAAACAGAUGAAGAACGUGUGGGAUAUGAUCCAAUAUUGUUGGAACCAUUUAUGGGUCUGCAAAGUGUUGAUCGUCAAGAUGAUCCAUGGCGCCAUAAGCCAUACAACUUGUAUCAGCCAAUUUUUACCGGUGGUGGUACUUUCGAAGCAUUGCUCAAUCGUUAUCGGCGAAGUGCAGCUAAGAGGCCAGAGUUGCCACAUGUUCUCACACCGAGUAUGUUGGAGCGAUUGCUGCGUAUUAAAGUGAAUUUUGAAAAGAACUACCCGUUCCUCUAUAAAACCAUGAUGGGCCACAUGACUGGAGAUAAACACACCACAUUGAGCAUAACACCACCGGAGAUACCCAAACAUGUUUCAUAUCCCAAUGUGGAAUUGGCUGCUGCUGAAAUCAAUCAAAUGGAGAAUUUAUUAAGGGAAUUAAAAACGGAAAAGUACAAUCGGCAACAAGAACAACCAGCAACAUUACAAACAAAGCCAGACCCUGAAGAACCUUCAACACGAGAUCAACAACAGCCAGAGCAAACUUGGCCCAAUUCCCAAGAAUAUCUAGACAAUUUCGUCAAUGAGGAUAAUAGCUUUUGGUAUAAUUUGGAAAAGAGACCAAAUCCUCUGGAAUCCAAAGAAACGCCAUCAUUACAGGAAAAUAAUUAUUGGAAUCAAUUUCAAGAUCCAAAGGAAACAAAUUCUGCCCUGCGUAAAAGAGAAAGUUUCUGGCAAGCCUUAGAAGAUGCCGAGGAGAGACAGAGCAGUGCCAAAUAUGAACGACAAAUUGCCGAUGAUUUAGAUCGCAUUUUUAAUUUCGAUGAGGAUGACACCAACUGAGUUUUUUUUAUUGUGUUGUAAUGCCAUUUAGUUUUUUUGUUUGAAAUUUCAUAAUUUUUUUAUGUUAGUUGUAGUUGAUUAUUAUUAUUAUUGCC